AUUGCCUUCGCUUGAUCAUGCUGUGUGUCUUAUGAAUCCUUCAGAUAUUCUGCAAUCAGAGCCAUUAUUGCAGCUCUUCGAAGCCUUCUUUGUUCAGGGGCCGUUAAACGAUUCUUUGAAACUGCUCCAGCACCUGACUGAAGUGUGUCAGUCUCUUCCUACCUCACAGCCUUCUCGACUAGCUUGUCUGCUUCCUUCUCUGCAGCCUCCGCUUUCUCCAGGAAUUCCUUCGCUUCUUCCGCCGCGGUCUUCUCUACAGGGCCCUUCGCGUUCUUCACCCCAAUCUUCCUUGCCUAAACCACAGCCUCCUUUCAGCUCAGAGACCUUUCGACGACUUUCCCGAAAUGAGCUGGAACAUAUUGCCCGUGAAUAUUUCACAAAGGAGAAGGGAAUUAAGAAUAAAAAUCACCUUAACCUUCUCGUUGAUGCCUCAACACAAUUUGUUAAACUCGAGCCUGUACACGAUACAAGCUUUACUGACUGUUUCUGGGGAAGCAAUGAUGAAAUCUUCCCGGAUAAACCUAACACCGAACCAAAUUGUCGGCUUGAAGAGGGUGCGGAAAGAAUUGAGCAACGCGAGGCUACAAAUACUGCUGCGAGGCGUCUCAUCCUUCUUUAUAGGCAUCAUCUUAUUGAGGAGAGACAGUUUCAAGUUGAAGAUUUUGAAUUAGAACAAGGUAUAGGGAAAGCAACUAUCGCCCUACGUCAAUAUGCGCACGGAGUGAAAAGGAGCAUCGACACCGUCAAAUUUGACCUAGGUCGAAGUCGUCAUUAUCUUAAACUACUCGAAAUUGCCGGCCCGGGCAAUGUGCUAUUUCUGAAUGGCACGGCAACAACGUGGGAGAGAUCUCUGAAAGCGGGCGACCCUAAAUGCAUAGUUGAUUUUCGAGAUAAAAUGUUUCCCUUUCUGAAGAGGAGCUUCCAAAACCGUGACCUUGAAGGCGCGAAACUUAUAAUCGACGGCCUUCUGAAAAUUGGAUGGUCCUAUGAGGAGCUUUCGCGGGGCCGGGGAAGACUCAUGAGCGCGUUGUUUCGCUACUUGAACAAAGAAGACCUUACGGCAGGAAAGAUUGUUUUACGAGAUGAUGAAAUGAGUGGACUAAAACGACGCCGUCUCGAUCGCACAUCCAGUGCAAAACGGCCAUGCCCCGGCUUGCAAGCAAAGAUUUCCAAGGAACAUCAAUCCCACGCGACUAAUGAGUGCCAAAAUGUACCCAGUGAUGGGAGUUCUCGAGCUGAUGCCUUCGUGUACCACAUGUCAAUGCAAGUUCUUGUGGCAGCAGCAACUUCGGUAGCUUCGACUCACGACAGCGCAAAACAACAGAAUAUUGAUACAAUGCACCGAUCCCCUCCUCCACCUCCUGCUGGUGCUGGCUUUACGUCCUCGCCUGUUCCAUCACCCAAUCGUAUGGCGGAUUCGAGAACUAUCACAGAGGCUUUACCGAUCGCAGCUGAAAACGCACAUAAUGGUUCCAACGUAGUGGCUGAUGGCCACCAAGAUAUUGCGCAGAAUCGCGCUGACGGCGAUAUUUCAUAUCCACUACCGUUCAACAUCGAGGAGGUAAGGACGUCACAACUCGAUUUUAGCCUGCUGUCUAGUGUAACAAGUUUUGGGGAAAUUGAACAAAACAAAGUUACAGCCAGACAAGAAAUGAAUGGAACAGAGACUUUCCAGCCAGAUGGGGUGGACCAGUGCCUACCACAAAUUGAAGCCCUUCCAGCGGCGGACGUCGAUGAUACACAUUCACUGCCGUCCUUAGAUAUCAAUAAUGGGGAUCCGCUGCCAACCUAUUAUGAUGUUGAUAGUGAUGAAUGGGUGCUGCCGCCGUUUGAUGUUGAUAGUGAUGAAUGGGUGCUGCCGCCCUUUGAUGUUGAUGGGCAAAAUUUGCCGGAAUAUCUUUCCCAGAGAUAACAGGCUAUUCCUGAUCCCCGGAAUCGUGGCCACUUUCCUGCUUUGGCUUGCCCUUUGAUAUAACCAAGAAAUCCGUCGCAAGUUCAACACGUACUUCCUUUCUUAUUGUGAUAUACUCUCCGACUUGAACGGGGAUUGAGUCAACUGUUGCAGCUUCCCCAUGUACACGGAUAGGGUGUAUAUGAGCCACUCCGCCAGACGCGAGUAUACGGGCAUAUUUGGAUCCAGGUACUCGAAAAACACGCUGCCGAGUUUCGGGUUCUUCCUUUUAACGCAAUCCUGUGAGCUACGAAUCGCCAUAUCAAGCAGUCAAACGCACCAAUUUUUCAACAUAUCGACUCAGUUUGUCAUCCAACAUCGCAUCGAUACACUCGUAUAACGCUCCUCCUAGGUGUUCCCAUCGAAUAUCAUUUCCGCCUAUCCAUUCCGCCACUAAUUCCAGUUCUUUUUUCGCGGACUCGGAAGGUCGUUUUUUCUUAAGGUGGUCUGUUUGAGCCAUUUUCAGCGACUGAUUAUCAUGUUAGCUUUGUCCAAGAUAUAGCAAAAGCCCUUGGGCACUUACAUAAUAUUAUAAAUAUGUCUUCUGUCCCCCAAAAUAUAGAACCGAUCUGAGUAUUGAAGAUUGUCAAUCACAACUCUCAGCCCCGCGAAUUCAAGGCGGUGAGCCGAGCCGGCAAUAAAAUAUGCCAUGUGAUCUCGAUAUGACCAAUGAUCUCACAAAUUGUGCUCAUUCUUAGCCAGACAAGUGGCAUGAUUCUCUUCCCAAAUGGAUUAGCCACAUCGUUGCUUUAUACUUUAGUUUUGUAUUUUGCCUACCAUUGAAGAAUAUAUUUACUUUUCUAACUGAUGCGGCCUGACUACGCGGAAACCCAGGUGGAAAGGAAAGACAACAUUGAGAGGAGCAACCAAAUCUUGGCAGUGAUUUCGCUUUGGACAAAGAUUGGCUUUAACUACAGCCACAUAUGGCCAAUCCUGGUUAGUAGCAACGUCAGCGCGUCUGCUGGCUUCCGAGCGCGAAAAGUCAUAGCCGAAAGGGGCAAUGGUCACCUGAGUUUCUAUUCCCUGUUUUGACCAUAAUGAUGUUCUAACGGAUAGAUCAACUUGACUAGGCUUGACCCUUAAAAAGAACAUCUACAGUUUCUAAAAUCGUACUCCAUGAAGUCUAUCACAUUGCUCUAAAAUAAUGUCUCGUCAGCUGCAGUAGUAUACUUAUGCCUCACACACAGAAGCAUCUGGAAGGUUCUCUAACAAUUACAUUUCAGGUGACGUUAAGUGAUCAAGAUCUACGGUAAGCCUGUUCUAGCAACUUGGAUGAACACGGAUUUAGCAGGACAUUGGAACUUUUUCACGGAGCAGAUGACUGUAGGGACAUCGAGAUCUCCAUCCAUAACCCAGCAAAGGGACGCUCGGUACUCUUCUGGGUGACAGGACUUCGGAUUUCUGCAUGGCAGCAGAGCUCCUUUCCGCAUCUUUAGGCGCCGGAUAUGAAAUUGGCAAUGUUCAAUAACUCGGACUGAUAAGAGCAGUACCUCCUUGUUAAACACUGUUUUAAGUUCAUCGUCAUAUCAACGCCCGCCACGGCCUGCCCAGAUACAAGAGUGAAUUUUCAUGUGAUUGCAAGGCAUUCUAAACCCUAGAUGUCAGGAGGUUCCUCAGCCGUUUCAUCGGUCAGCUCUCCUUUAUCUGACUUCUUGAAGACCAUGCAGAAGGACAAAACAAACAGGAUGCGUCUUCUUUUCGCGCUCCAUUAUACAAAACCUGCCCGACCUCAUCCGUUGGAUGUAAAUAACUUUCUGGGAAUCAUAAACGAAAAUCACCUGCCGAAUUAGGAAACCCUGCUAGCCUCUUAUUGCCUAUAUUUAAUCCUAAAUGGGAAUAGCCGUUUCAGCUGGGCGACACGUAUGGGUCCGCUCCGUCGCGAUUGAAUUCUUCAUGUGCAAUGUACCCUUCUAUAUCCGUCCACGCACUGCAUCAAAAUAUCAUACAUCAUAACUUCCUAACAAUUCUGCAUUUUCAUUCCUGUGUUUGCUUCCCAUUCAUCACAUACAAUUAGCAUAUCAAACUGAACUUUUCUUCCCUUACAACUCCUGAUUAACCUCACACCAACUCAACAGUCUUUUAUACUGUCAAAAUGGCGGGACUUUCACAAGAAGAUCGCAAUAUCAAGAAUCAUCCUCUAACCAACUUAGUCGAUCGUUUACAAGGCACACUUCAGGAAGCUGAAAGAAUAUAUGAGUCGCAUCUAAUCUAUGAUGGCGCUGAUGAGAGUCUGGAUCAACUCUAUUAAAAUAUGAUUU